UGUAGACAAUGUUGGAUAACCAGGUAUGCGGUGAUAUCCGCAACCUUUGACCUUUCCGUAAGGUCGCCGUCUGGGUAUACCGAAAGUCGGUAGAGGUAAAACGACUUCUUUCGCCAGUAAAGUGGGCUUAUUGCGAAACUUUCUACACCAGUUACCAUGGCAACCACAGAGGCUGCUAAGAUCUGUGGUCUGUGUAAGGAGGUGACCUUGGCCAUCCUUCCCAGACUGCACCAGGAGGAACUUCUGCUUGAACUUGGCAGAAGGAACAUCCUUGUGGGAGAAACUUACAAGAAGGAGAGUUUAGUCAGCAAGCUGUGGUUCCUCAUGAUCAAGGAGUUCCAAGGUACCGAUCGCUGCGUGAUCCCAGACCCUCCUAUGGCUGUUAGUGGUACAUCCUGCAGUUCUGCCACAGAGCAGAGGAACAUGCGGGUGACCUUGUCAAACGACCUUCAAGACCUGAUGGAGACAGUGACUUUGACAAACUGUGCCACCAACAUUGUUCCAGUUAAAGGAACCAGUAAUAACAAUGCAGACUUACACGUAAGUCUGACUCAAUCAAAUGGUAGCUACAGUACACCUGUCACUAGUCCAACCAGAAGCACCAACCUCACUGCAACACAACCAUCAACAUCAGUGACAAUGUCAAGUCCACAGAGACUCCCUAUACUUGCCCAGGAAGUUAUUGUGGAGACAACGACAGUAACCUCACCAAGGAAAAGUGCAAGGCUGCACACCUUGGAGACACAAGCAUCAUCUUCAAGUGUGAGAAACCUGCAGAACAUCGAUAAUGAGGCAGUUGAGACUUUAGAAGAGAGCACUGCAACAAAGGAGGGACUGGGAAAAGGGUACCUGAAGAGGGAGCUUCGAGCUGUCACAGUCACCAGGCAGUCCUGUAGUGUAGUGACAGAGCUAGGAGCCAUGAGGGAGCUUGUGGAUGAAGAUGGGGAUGACCCCAAUGCAGAAGAAGAUGAGGAGGAAGAUGGGGUAUCAUCAGAUGAAGAUGAUGCUCCAUUGGAAGAUGACGAUGAUCCAGAUUGGCAGCCAGAUUCACCAGUGGAGGACAGACAGCCACACAGCGGUGACAUACCUGUAGAGGCCAAUGUUAGUGGUAAAGACAGUAGUUCAGGUCUUGCAGGACCAUCUGAAGAGGUGGUCACAGACUCCCACGGGCAAAAGAAGGCACACCCUCAGGAGCCCAUGAAGCUACAUAGUCCAGAACAAGGCUACUACAAGUGCAAGGAGUGUGACGUUUCCUUCAAGUAUAGCAGCCAACGUUCCACGCACAUGAAGCAGGUACAUAGUCCCCCUGGCUCAAGUGGCGCUCUCUGUGAGCAAUGCGGGUACAAAGCCCCAACACAGCACGCGUUGAAGUUGCACAUAUAUAAGCACACUGGUGAGAGACCUUACAAGUGUACGCUUUGUGCCUUUUCAGCCAGGAAACCAUCAAUCGUCAAGAGACACGUAACGAUCUCUCACCCAGGGAAAAACUCUUACAAAUGUGCCUACUGCAGCCACUUUGCUGAAACCAAAAGUCUUUUACGCAAGCACGAGGAUGCGCAUAAAACAGAACAUGUACAUAAGUGUCCGGUGCGGUCCUGUCCAAUUUCAAGCAAUGACAGGAAUGAGUUGAUUGCUCACCUAGCCAGAUCACACAAGAAGAGUCAGCAGUACUCUUGCCCUGAGUGUGACCACAAAACUUACCUACUUCGUGAGCUAAAAGAACACAUGAAAACUUUCGGCCAUGAGAAGACCUAUAAAUGUGACAAGUGCGAGUUCUCAGCCAAGACUUAUCCCAGCUUGAGAAGCCACAGGCGCGGACACAACGCAAACAAGAAGUACAAAUGUGACAAGUGCGGCUUUAGUUCCGCCUUUAAAGCAGUCGUCCUCAAUCACACCAACAAAGUCCAUGGAGAUAACGCAUUCCAAUGCCCACACUGUGAAUUCAAUGCAGACACUCAGGACGAUUUGAGUAUCCAUCUCGGAAAGCACUCUAAUAGAAUUACUUGCGACAUGUGCGGAUAUAUCGCCAAGACUAAAGAGAGACUGGAACAGCAUAUAGAGGAACAUUCCACAGCAAACAAACUGUUUGGGUGCACCACUCAUGGGUGUAAUUUUUUGACACCUGAUCAACAAUGUUUAGUUCGUCACCUGACGUCGCACGAACUGGGCCGCCCGUUUCCGUGUGAGCAUUGCGACUACAGGGCAAAGAAGAAGGAAGUCCUUGCUGUACACAUGCGUCUUCACACCGGAGAAAAGCCCCUGAAAUGUACCAAGUGUUCUUAUUCCACAUCUCUGGGGCACAUGCUGCGUAAACAUGAAGCUAGGCAUGAGCAAGGCUUAAUCUGAUUCAUAGAAUUUGUCCUGUUCUCUAAAAGGAGUCAAAGUACAUAGGAAAUUACUAGUAAAUAGCUGUCAGAUCCAUGAUUGUUGUAGUUAAUUCAAAUAAGUCUUGUCCCAAAGUAACAUACAAUGGAAAACAAUACUGUAUGUGACUACUCUGAACUAAAUGCUGACUCUAUAUUAUAGCUUAUUUGAGUUUGACUUCUUUUUCUGGGACAGUGAAAGAUGAAGGGUUCCACUUUUUCUGUAAUGUUGGGUCCUUAAAUGUUGUUGUCUAUCUACAUGGAGAAACUGUAAUUUGAUGGCCAUGGCCACCUUAAAGAUUACUUCUUUCUUUUCUGACCUAAAAAGCGACAGUGUGUUUUGUUUUCCACCGUGUUUGACAAUUGAUAAUUCAAAAGCUGGAGACAUUUUCUAAACAAAGGUUUAAAGUCCCAGCAUAUACUGUAAAUGCAGAAACUUUCUCGGUGGUUU